GGCAACCAGCGUACCGCGUUCAUUCAUUCAUAAAUUAAAAUGGCUUCCAUGGACCGAGGUGUUAAGGCAGUAAAGAAAAACAAACAGGAUACUUACAUCCCCAUCCCAAUAGCUGCCGAAGAGACGUUUGAUUUUGAUAGUGUUGCUAAAUUACCAUUAUGGGACGAAGAAGGAAACAUGAUUCCUUUCGAUUACCUCUACAAGCAGCACAAAGUGAUAGUUAUUUUCAUUCGGCAUUUUCUGUGUUUCAUCUCAAGGGAUUAUGUUGAAGAUCUUGCAAAAAUACCUGAGUCUUAUUUGAAGGAUGCUAAUGUUAGACUUGUUGUAAUUGGAUGUGCACCGUACAAGUUCAUUAAGCAAUAUAAAGAGGAAACUAAAUAUCCUUUUGAAAUGUACUGUGAUAUAGAGCGUGACGUUUACCAGACACUCGGCAUGAAGGAAAUCCAGGAAUGUGGUAAAGGAAGUAAGCACUUGAAGCAUUCCCUGAUUGGUGGAAUCCUGAAAAGUACAUGGAAAGCAAUUAAAACAGGAGACUUCCAAGGUGAUGUUAAACAGCAAGGUGGUUCGUUUAUUCUAGGCAAAGGAGAACAAGUGCACUUCAUGCACCGUGACAAAGCAGAUCAAGACCAUCGACCAAUCAAUCAACUGCUAGCCAUUGCGGGUGUCCAGCAGGUCUCCUAUCCAAAAGAUCCCCGCAUAUUUGAUGUUUAAUACGUAUAUGUAUAAGUACAAUAUGCUAAUGAGAUCUGUCAUUCUGUGUAUUAUAAGUAACACUCUUGUAUGCUACAGUAAUUUUUACAUUAACACUCUAAUAAUACAUUAUGGAAGACGGAGUGAAAGAUCAUCUGUGAUUGGCUAAAACAUCAAUAUUAAAAUUCAACAUAUGAAUAGCUUACUUCGUAUGUUUUAAGUUCAUGUAAUUUAGCAAAUCAGUGAUGAAAUUAACAUGGAUUUCUUCAUCGACAGUAUGUUUAAUGAAAGUGGAGAGAAGUGACAAAAAACUCACAAGACAAGUUAUUGAUUUUUUAUUCAGGGUACAGUUUUUCAGUACUAUAUUCAUAGUCAACAAACUAUACAAAUUGUUCUAUUUUUAUAAGUAUUGGAUGCAAAUAUUAUUAAUAAUAUAAUAAAUUAAUAUAUUAAAUGCUUACGGUACACCAUGUAGAUAGUAAUAAAUAACAGGAAUUGGUAAACUAUUUAAAAUUAUGAUGUUAAUAAAAUAAGAAAUGAAAAUAUUCACCUAUUAUUGGAAGAUUAUUUUAGUUGCUGCUUCAGCAGCGAUAUGUAAAUAUAUAUAUGAUUUAAUUUUCUUUCACAUAAAACCAAAAUUGUUGUUUUUUUAAUGCAAGUAUAUAUAACUAUUAGUUGUAUAGUAACCAAAGAAAUGCUGCAUUUGUCUUUCAAAUUAAAGAAUUAUAAUUCUAUGACUUCAGAUUAUCUUUGAUUCUUUUAUAUAUUAUCAGCAAAAAGACAAUUCACAAACAUGCUUGGAAAUUAGAAAUAAUGUGGUAGUAUUUUGAAGCAGUGGCAUAACGCCUGUGAGCCCUUAUGGGUGAAGCCCUGGACCCCUAACCAAAAGGGGCAUACUGCUACCCAGCACAGUAAUAUAGAGCCUUUACCAGUCUUUUCAGCCAUGGAAUUGGGUAGAGAGAUUACCCGCCCCUCAAAAUCUUCAUGAGCAAAAAGGCACGCAAGGGCCCCUGUCAUUUCCUUUCCCCCAGUCCUCAUGGCUAUAUUCGUUACACCACUGUUUUUUUAAGACACCUAAGGCAAGUACUGUAAAAUGCAGCCGAAUCAAAUUGCACCAUGUAAUCAUCCUAUUUCAGUCCUUUUAUUGUCUGCAGUGUAGUGUAAUAGGCCAUGUUUUGAUAAGCCCUCUGAUGUUACAGCGCCUUCAUGUGACUGUCACAUGACCCGUAGGACUUCUGAUUUAGAUAAUGAUAUUACACUAUACUGCAGUCUGAUAAUAUUGCUGCUAGUUAACCAAAAUGUUACGUACUGUUACUUUUUUAACUUAAUUGUAUAAUUAUUAAUUAAUUUCAUUUAUGUUUCAAUUGCAAACUUUCAUUAUGUAGGCUUGGCCAACAAGCAUGUGUGUGUAUUUUGAUUGUGUUUUCAAUAAAUCAAUUAUGAGUGAAGAGUCAA